AUGUCGGAGAAGCCCUUCAAAGUCGCUGUGUCCGACGCCGACCUCGCCGACCUCCGGCUCAAACUCAAACUCGCACGCUUUCCCGACGAGCUAGAGGGCGCAGGCACUGCGUACGGCGCGCCCCUCGCAGACGUCAAGCGGAUCGCGGCGCACUGGCGCGACACCUUCGACUGGCGGGCCUGCGAGGCCAAAAUGAACGAGCUGCCGAUGUUCACGCGCGAUGUGGAGGUUGAUGGCUUUGGCGCACUCAACAUGCACUACAUCCACCAGCGGAGCGAAGUCGAGGGCGCGAUACCGCUGUUGUUCUGCCAUGGCUGGCCAGGGAACUUCCUUGAAGUGCGCAAGAUGCUCCCCCUCCUUACUUCUGCCUCGCCGGAUCACCCAAGUUUCCAUGUUGUCGCGCCGAGUCUCCCAGGUUUCGUCUUCUCUGAAGGGGCUCACAAACCCGGGUUCAAUGGGUGGAAAUAUGCCGAGGCCAUCCACAAGGUCAUGAUUGGACUUGGGUACAACGAAUACGUCUACCAGGGAGGAGACUGGGGACAUAUUGUCGGUGUGUAUGUCGUGAACAAAUACGGCCAUAAACAUGUCAAGGCAUGGCAUAGCAACAUGCCCAUCUACCGUCCCCCGUCGCUCCUGUGGAACCCCCUUCUCUGCCUCGAGCUACUUACGAUGCCGUUUAACUCGACCCUGCGCCAAACCCUUGAUUCAUUCAUGGACGUCCGCAAGCGUGGGACUGGUUACUUGGCCAUCCAGUCCACGAAACCGCAGACGAUUGGUUACUCGCUCACGGACUCUCCGGUCGGACUCCUUGGCUGGAUAUAUGAGAAGCUCGCGGUGGCGGUGGACGACUACCCGUGGACCGACGAUGAAGUCUGCGAGUGGGUUUCGCUGUACUGGUUCUCGCGCGCAGGUCCCGCUGGCUGCAGUCGCAUCUACUACGAAGUCAAUGGAGGCCUUGCCCAAGGGGACCCCUUCAAGGGAACGAAGCGCACGACUGUUCCCCUCGGUGCCUCCUACUUCCCGCGUGAUCCCCUUCGUCUCCCCGAAUCAUGGACGUCCUUGCUCGGCAAAGUCGUCUUCGAGUCUCGGCAGCCCAAAGGUGGCCACUUUGCCGCGUUUGAGCAGCCUGACGCACUCGCAGGCGAUCUGCGCAAGAUGUUCGGCAAGGGCGGACCCGCGUUUGGGGUUGUACCUGGGCACAGCGGCUACAGUGCAGUUUCGUACGGGAGCUGA